AUGUUGCAAAGAAUGAUCGUCGCACCACUAUCUUCCUUCGCCGCCUUACAUGAGUUAGGGGUUCAAAUUGAGAGUGCUUUCAAGAAGGGAAUCAUUAAGAGAACUAGCGAACCGGUAAAGAAGCCAUUUACUAGGGAUACUAAUGCUAGCAAUAGCACUAUUCCUAGGCCUACUGAAGUAUCCAGAGCCAGCAUGAAUGAUGAUCUCUUUCUUGAAGGAGCUUUAGCCCGAUACAAGGGGUUUCUGCAUCUCAUCAAGAGGAACAAGGAAAAAAAAAUUACCCACUUCUGUGUUCCAACUUAUGACAUUGAUCUCAUCUGGCACUCCCAUCAAUUGCAUCCUGUUUCCUACUCUAAAGAUUUGGUGGCAAUACUGGGAAAGGUAUUGGAGCACGAUGACACGGACUCUGAUAGAGCUGAAGGAAAGAAACUGAAUGUUGGGCUUUGCGAAACCACCAAGCAGUGGGAAGAGGCAUUUGGUUCACGGUACUGGAGGGCAGGGGCAAUGUAUAGAGGCAGUACUCCUUCAACUCUAGCUAUGAAUGUGAAGCCAUUGAACACUCUCAGCAAGAAGGCGGUUCCAAACAUUGAAUGUCGAGAUAUAAUUCAACUACCCAAGAAGAAGAUUGUGGAGGUUCUGCUAGAGAUUGUGGGGGCACGAAAUUUACCAUCCGAGCAUGCAGGCAACCUCUUUGUUUCCUUCAGUAAGAAACAGCCUGAUCUGUUCUUCAACACCAGCAGGAGAUUAAACAUUUUGUCCGAGUCAAGGGAAAAAAGAGUUGCAGCGUUCCAAUGUGAACCAACUGGAGAGCUACUCUUUGAACUUCUGUCCACUUCACCUUCCAACGUGCCCAUAGCAAAGUCAACCAAAACUUUAGGGACUACUUUGAUCUCUCUGGAGGACCUCUUUAACCCAGUUUCCAAAUUGUUUGAGGAAAAUUGGUUUGAAUUGGUGCCCACUUCUGGAAUUGCAGAGUCCAGGCUUGUCAGUCUUCGUAUUGCACUGUCUUUUACCGCUCCGGUUCAAGCACCGUAUGUGCUACACAUGGUUCAGCCGCAGCCAUUCUCAAGUGGUUCUUUUUUCCCACUCCCUGAAAGGGUUUAUUGUGCCAAGGGUUGGACACAUGUUGUGGAUGGCAUAGGUAAUGUGGUAAUCAGCAUCCAAAUGAGGAUUCCACAGAAAUCACAAGAAGGAAUCAACGGUAUUCCCAAAACAGAAGUGAUUGGCAUGACAGGAUCUGGUGAAACACGUGUUCUUGCUGAAUUCAUCGGACAAGGAUGGUCUUUGAUGAAUUCUCAAUGGUUCUUUCAGCUUCAGAAGACAGUUAGCAAGGAAGAUCCUAUUCUUGACCUUACAGGGAGCCGAAAGGUCAGUAUUUACACCGUAACCAUUUUUCAAGGAAGAAAACUGGGUUAUGAGUUCGAGAACGCCGUGAGGAAGAAAAAUGAACAAGACUUCAUCACCAUAGUUGAGUUUUCUAUUGAACAUCCUUAUGGAAAAGCUGUGGCUUUGCUCAACUUGAAGUCUGGUUUUCUCAAGAUUGAAGAAGAAUGGCUUGUAUUGCCUGCAAUUGCACUCGGAUUUAUACUUUCAGACAUUAUAAAGAAAGAGGGCUAUGGAAGUAUCUUCAUCACCAAAGGAGAGCAUUCAAAAGAAACAAAUGAGCUGAUGCUAGAAAAGAACAGUCUAUUCAAAGGAAAGUAUGGAAAUGAAAGUGAAGUUGUAGAAAGCUUUACAUGUGGGGAGUAUGGCGAUGAAAGUAAAGUGAAGAGCCAUUUCAGUUGGUGGACAGAAGGUGGUCGCUGUGGUGGUUGUGGUGGUGGAUGUGGUGGUGGUGGUGGUGGAUGUCGUGGCAGUGGAUGUGGCGGUGGAUGUCAUGCUUCAUGUUCAUGAUGAUGGUUUCUCACAACAAUUUAUCAGUAAAUGGCGGCUCAGCGGCAGUCUUGCUAAUUAAGCCAUAAGAAUCAUAGCAAAACGCCAAACCAAGGCCAUUGCCAUAUAAAGAUUAUUAUGUUGUUUAUAGUGAAGAAUAUAAGCUAUACUAUCUAAAUAAGCUGCCAUUAGUGUAAUGGUGCAUUUUUAUAGUAAUAUAUAUACUUCCUUGGGUUCAAAAUAUUGUACAAGACUUGUGAGGGUGUUGCCCUGUUCAA